CGUUGCGAGAGGAAGGGGCGGCUGCGAUUCGCAGCGAGCCAGAUUUGGGCUCUGAGAAAUGGAGACGGAACUGCUGCUUUCCCCCCCAGCGAUGUGCUGAGAGAGAUGGACAGCAAAUUACUGCAGGAAAGCUUUGCUCCAAAACUGCCUCUUCCCAGGAAGCUAACACACUCGAGCUCCUGAAGUUCUGGCAGCUGCUAGCUCAGCUUGGGGGCAACCACAGCAAGUUUCCUCUGCACGAGUCCCAGUUUGCAGGGGUCAGACAGGUGAUUUUUUUUUUUGUUCCUCUCCCUGUGCGUGGCCAGGAAAAGUGCCACUGAAUACCAACAAAUCUGCUUGAAAGCUUGGGAGAGCUUGAGAAAAACCACGGUGGAGAGUUGUGGGGUUGUGGAUAUACUGGACACAAAGUACUACCACCUCUGCUCGAGAGAUUCAUAUGGCUUGAAGGGUGGAGCUGGAACGUGGCACUUUUACCUUCAUGGAUCCACUAAACCUCUCCUGGUACAAUGGUGACAUGGGCAGCAGGAACUGGAGCAAGCCACUCAACGAGUCUGAUGCAGACCAGAAGCCUCAAUACAAUUACUAUGCCAUGCUGCUCACCCUCCUCAUCUUUGUUAUUGUUUUUGGCAAUGUGCUGGUGUGUAUGGCUGUGUCCAGGGAAAAAGCCCUUCAGACUACCACCAAUUACCUGAUCGUGAGUCUGGCAGUGGCAGAUCUCUUGGUAGCAACUCUGGUCAUGCCUUGGGUGGUCUAUCUGGAGGUGGUUGGUGAAUGGAGGUUCAGUCGGAUCCACUGUGAUAUCUUUGUAACCCUUGAUGUUAUGAUGUGUACUGCCAGUAUCCUCAAUCUCUGUGCCAUCAGCAUUGACAGGUACACAGCAGUAGCAAUGCCAAUGCUGUACAAUACCCGCUACAGCUCGAAGCGCAGGGUCACCGUAAUGAUUUCAGUGGUCUGGGUGCUUUCAUUUGCCAUCUCCUGCCCAAUCCUGUUUGGCCUCAAUAACACAGAUGAAAAUGAGUGUAUCAUUGCCAAUCCUGCUUUUGUUGUGUAUUCCUCUAUCGUCUCCUUCUACGUUCCCUUUAUCGUCACCCUGCUGGUGUACGUACAGAUUUACAUAGUGCUCCGGAAACGCAGGAAACGUGUCAACACCAAGCGCAGCACCCAUGCCCUGGAUUCUGACACACAGGCCCCGCUGAAGGACAAAUGCACUCAUCCAGAAGAUGUGAAGCUCUGCACAGUUAUUGUGAAGUCCAAUGGGAGUUUCCAAGUUAAUAAGCGCCAAGUGGAGGCAGAGAGUCACAUAGAGGAGAUGGAAAUGGAGAUGGUGUCCAGUACCAGUCCUCCUGAGAAGACCACUCUCAAACCAGCUGCACCAAGCAACCAUCAGCUGAUUGUGCCAGUUGCUUCCAAUCAGUGCACCAAUUCAACCCUGCAGGCAACCUUGGACAGCCCUGUGAAAGUAGAGAAGAAUGGACAUGCCAAAGAACCCUCCCAAACAGCCAAGGUCUUUGAGAUCCAGUCUAUGCCCAAUGGAAAGACAAGGACCUCUCUCAAGACUGUGAGCAGGAGAAAACUGUCACAACAGAAGGAAAAGAAAGCUACUCAGAUGCUAGCCAUUGUACUUGGUGUUUUCAUCAUCUGCUGGCUCCCAUUUUUCAUCACUCACAUCCUGAACAUGCACUGCGAUUGCAACAUCCCUCCAGCAAUGUACAGCGCCUUUACGUGGCUUGGAUAUGUCAACAGUGCUGUCAACCCAAUUAUUUACACCACCUUCAACAUUGAAUUUCGUAAGGCUUUCAUGAAGAUCCUCCACUGUUAAAAGAAAAAAGCAGUAACCACAUUUUUAAGAAUGAGAGAAAAGAAACCAAUGCCAUACACGCACACAGACAAAUGGGGAGCCAUAGGGAGAUCUCAAGCUCUUGUAUUGGGCACAAGGCCUACAGUGUUACAACUGUGCCAUGCCCCACACCUCUUGGUCAGGAUGCAAUGACGACCUUCAUGCGGGAGGUUCUCUCAUCCCUCGAGGUGACCUUUGGACUCUGGGAGACCAAUCCCAAGGGCACUUUUAAGAGCUACCCUCACACUGUGUUUAAAGCAGAAGCAAAAACUGAGACAUGCUCACUUGAUACUUGCCUAUGGCCAACUAACCUUGAGUGCAUUAAACAGACACUUGCAGAGCCACGUGCAGGUAGUGAUGGGUCACUGCCACUAUUGGCUCACGUGUUAUGUCAUUGAUACAAUCUUCACCAAAGAUGAGAACAUCUUUUCCGCUUUGCAAUAGGAGCCAGACAGACAGAGCUUGUGGAAAGCCCACGCAAUAGCUUUGCCUUCACCUGCAGCUGACUUGUCCAGUAUUAAACUGCUGAGGCCUUGAGGAAAAAAGCUUUCAGAGAACCCCAGGUGGACUAAGAAGGUUCUGCCACCUACAGAUUCAAACCCUGCAAUAAUGUGGGCCCACAAGCAAUGGGCAGAAGGAAGAUGGGGAGCAUAUGUCUCAUAUGGGACCAUUACAUCAAUGUAAAUAUGAAUAAAUAGGAUGAAUUGAACAGAAGCCCAAGCCAAAAAAUAAACAAGAGGAGAAACUCAAGACGUGAUACCUUGUCUUGCAUGGUAUGUGCUCAGAUUAAAUAGGAUAUCAACUAUCAUCUAUCAUCAGCCAGCCCAGCAGCAAUUUUGGCCCACCAAUCAGCAUUUCAUCUCCAGUCUCUUACAAGAAGCUGCAAAAUUAACUGAGGAGUGAUAGUGUGGUGAAUGUAGAAAUAUGAAGAGAGUGUGCUAGGUGAGGCAUCUGGAGCCAUGCCCAUCUCAGAUGUGAAACUGGACAAGUGAAAGUUAGGUCCAGGUUUUCUCACCUAACCUUAAGGUGCUAUGAAGUCAAGGAACGCCUAAGCUAUGAUUUGCCUAUGUCUGUCAACAGAGAGUGUGCAGAGCGACAUUGUGCCUAAUUUAGAUUGUUAAGAGUAACUGGCAUAAAGACUGUGUGUUUUGGAAGAAGCCAAAACAAAAGCCCAAGAAAGCCCCCAGCUGGAUGUGCUCCUGUGUCUAGGUUGGACUCGAAAGGUCUGGAUGUUUCUAGCAUCCCUUAACCUCUGUUAUCUACAUUUCAUGGUUCAAAACAGUUGAAAAUCCAUCAACAGCAUAAUUGCACCACACUGACUUGGGCAUUGCCAAAUCCAUGCUCUGCUUACUAACUGUACUCAGUUCACAAUAUUUUUUGCAAUAUCUCUGUAAAUAACCUACAGUGAGAUGAAUAAAAUGACAUGGAAAUAGGUCUGGCUAGAAAUUACUGUAUGGUCUGGAUAGCUAGAUGAUUGCCAUUGCCAUAUGCAAAGGCAGGCUCCCAAGUUCUAAUUACCUGAAGAUUUUAAAACAAUCAUCUGGAGAGCAAUAU